AUGAAGAUUCCUCAAACACCGAAUAAUCAGGAGCUUAAAGAUGAUGGUAAUGAUGAUAGUGAUGAUAAUGAUGGUGAAAAGGAGAAUGAGUUGAAUUCGGUCAUCUUUCUCACCAUGGAGGUAGCUUUCGAGUUGGCCAUGGAAGCUCUUGACGCUGGGGAAGUUCCGGUGGGCUGUGUAUUUAUCAGAGACGGUACGAUUAUAGCUAAAGGCCGUAAUGAGGUAAAUGCAACAAAGUGUGCUAUUGAGCAUGCUGAAAUGGUCGCGAUCAGACGAUUGGAGCAAUGGUGCAUACAGCAUCAACUUUCGCUUGCUGACACUUUACGUGAUUCAGAGUUGUAUGUCACUGUUGAACCAUGCAUUAUGUGUGCUAGCGCUCUGAGAUUUUGCCUCCCUGCACAUCCAAAACGUAUUAUCUACGGUGCCAAGAAUGAAAGAUUUGGCGGUUGUGGUUCAGUGUUCAGCAUACACGACUCAGACUCAGCAACAACUCCGCCACUCAUUUGUGUCUCCGGCAUUCAAGAAGACAGAGCUGUUUCGCUGUUGAAGCAGUUUUACACUCAGGAAAAUCCAAAUGCACCCCCAGAACUACGAAAAUCUAAGCCUUGCCUAAAAAAUACAGGAUCGAUAAAGGUUAAAUACAGAGGUUCCGCGAUCACUGAGGUCGAGAUAGCUCAAUGGUUAAGGCGCGAACUUACUGACCGGAAGGUCCCAACUGGAGCCCAACCUCCGCAUCUCGAAUGCUCCUGUCUAGGCUUGGGUAGCCUGGUAGUAUCUCGGCCUUUGUACCUCCUUCACGUGGCAUGGUACCUAGGCACCGAAAUGGUGCUACAGCUAGACAGCAUCGCAGCACGAAAGCUAAUAGCUUCGUUUGUCUUGCAUCACACUCGGCAACAGCAUCUGCUCGUCCGUCAGACACCCAGAGAUGAAUUUUCAAACCGGCUGCGCCUCUCUGGUGAUGCAGGAGCCACUGAAUAUGCUGGGUUCGGUACUGUGCAGUGCUAUCAAGCUCUGACUUGGUAUCUUCGUCUUUGCGCUGUUCGUCUGUGA